CGCAUAUGUGACACCAAGCAUCACUCGCUGCUUCAUGUUAUUCAAUACACAAAUGCUUCGCAACCCUCUAAUAAUCCUUAAUCGGCUGUAGUUGAAAUCGCACAAUCUUUAAGUUUGAAAAAUCAUAUUUCAAAUACCCAAUGUACGCUGACCACUCGCCCUGAAUCCGCAGCUGUAUCCCCCAGCCAACUACAAAUUAUUUCGCUCAUUCUACGCUGAAAGUUAAUAUUUGGGAAAUAAGCAAACCGGUAGAGUACUCAUAGAUCCAGGUAGUGAGUGUUGUUAAUUCGCAGAAAAACUAGGUUUACCGAUAAAAAUGAGGGCUGCUACUAUUUACCGACUAGGAGGAGGGCAAACCCGAAGACGUCGGCAUACCGUUUGAUUCAGAUCUCAUCAAAUGCUGUCCCAUGUGCAACGUUCCUAUCGAAAAAGACGAGGGCUGCGCGCAGAUGAUGUGCAAAAGGUGCAAGCACGUCUUUUGUUGGUAUUGCCUCGCCAGCCUGGACGACGACUUCCUUCUGCGGCACUACGACCGCAGCCCGUGCAAAAACAAGCUCGGUCACUCCCGCGCCUCCGUUCUGUUCUUCGCCGCUCCUGUUGUUAGCUGCGCCGUGUAUCGCAUGCAGCUGGUGUCGACUCUGCAACGCGGACGACUCCUCUUCGCGGCUCAGCGAGGACGACGACAACGAGGGGGCGGAGCGGAGAAAUUCGAUGGUCGGAGCGCGUAGGCGGAGCCAAGAAGACACGCCCACCGGGGGCCGAUGACCACCGCCCAAUAACGAGGCGGGUCUGACCAGCUGCCCCUGGUGCUUGUGAGGACACGCUAUUCGUACGACGACGUCACGAACGGAGACAGAAAUUGGCUGUUAUAUGAGGUAGAUAGUCUAAGAUCUUGUUAUGUAGUCAUUGAUUAACAUAUUCCAUAUAAUUGAAAGUCGUGCCUGCGCGAAAAUAAGCCUACGUACCAGUUUGCGAAC